CGCGCGGGGAGGGGUGGUGGCGGCGCGGGCGGCCGUCGGGGCUGGGCGGCGGCGGCGGCGCGGCGGCGGCGGAGAAGGGUCCGGCCUGCGGCGGCCUCCGGGGAGCCGGUCCGACGCGCGGCCACCAUGUCGGCGCCGUCGGAGGAGGAGGAGUACGCGCGGUUGGUGAUGGAGGCGCAACCCGAGUGGCUGCGCGCGGAGCUGAAGCGGCUGUCUCAUGAGCUGGCCGAGACCACGCGUGAGAAGAUCCAGGCGGCCGAGUACGGGCUGGCGGUGCUGGAGGAGAAGCACCAGCUCAAGCUGCAGUUCGAGGAGCUCGAGGUGGACUAUGAGGCUAUCCGUAGCGAGAUGGAGCAGCUCAAAGAAGCAUUCGGACAGGCGCACACGAACCACAAGAAGGUGGCCGCGGACGGCGAGAGCCGAGAGGAGAGCCUGAUCCAGGAGUCGGCCUCCAAGGAGCAGUAUUACGUGCGGAAGGUGCUGGAGCUGCAGACGGAGCUGAAGCAGCUGCGCAACGUCCUCACCAACACGCAGUCUGAGAACGAACGCCUCAGCUCGGUGGCACAGGAGCUGAAGGAGAUCAACCAGAACGUGGAAGUGCAGCGCGGCCGCCUGCGGGAUGACAUCAAGGAAUACAAGUUCCGGGAGGCCCGCCUGCUGCAGGACUACUCGGAGCUGGAAGAGGAGAACAUCAGCUUGCAGAAGCAAGUGUCUCUGCUCCGGCAGAACCAGGUGGAGUUUGAGGGGCUCAAACAUGAGAUCAAGCGCCUGGAGGAGGAGGCUGAGUACCUCAACAGCCAGCUGGAGGAUGCCAUCCGGCUCAAGGAGAUCUCGGAGCGGCAGCUGGAGGAGGCCCUGGAGACGCUGAAGACGGAGCGGGAGCAGAAGAGCAGCCUGCGCAAGGAGCUGUCACAUUACAUGAGCAUCAACGAUUCCUUCUAUACCAGCCACCUGCAAGUCUCCCUGGAUGGCCUCAAGUUCAGUGACGACACUGCAGCCGAACCCAACAAUGAUGCUGAGGCUCUAGUCAAUGGCUUUGAGCAUGGCCUAGCCAAGCCGCCACCAGACAACAAAACCUCCACUCCCAGGAAAGACGGCCUGGCGCCGCCGUCCCCCAGCCUCGUCUCUGACCUGCUCAGUGAGCUGCACAUCUCUGAGAUCCAGAAGCUGAAGCAGCAGCUGGUGCAGAUGGAGCGGGAGAAGGGGGCCCUGCUGGCGACACUGCAGGACACGCAGAAGCAACUGGAGCAGGCGCGGGGGGCUCUGUCGGAGCAGCACGAGAAGGUGAGCCAUCUCACGGAGAACCUCAGUGCCCUGCGGCGCCUGCAGGCCGGCAAGGAGCGACAGACAGCCCUGGAUGAUGAGAAGGAGCGCGACAGUCGUGAGGACGGCGACUACUACGAGGUGGAUAUCGACGGCCCCGAGGUCUUGGCCUGCAAGUAUCACGUGGCCAUGGCCGAGGCUGGGGAGCUCCGAGAACAGCUCAGGGCACUGCAAGAGACACAUGAAGCCCGCGAGGCCCAGCAUGCCGAGGAGAAGGGCCGCUACGAGGCCGAGGGGCAGGCCCUCACUGAGAAGGUCACCCUGCUGGAGAAGACCAGCCGCCAGGACCGCGAACUGCUGGUCCGGCUGGAGAAGGAGCUGAAGAAAGUGAGCGACGUGGCCGGUGAGACGCAAGGCAGCCUGAACGUGGCCCAGGACGAGCUGGUGACCUUCAGUGAGGAGCUGGCCAGCCUCUACCACCAUGUGUGCAUGUGUAACAAUGAGACGCCCACCCGUGUCGCCCUGGACUACUAUCGCGAGGGCCAGGCCAGGGCUGGCCGCACAAGCCCAGGGGGCCGCACCAGCCCCGAGGGCCGGGGCCACCGCUCCCCCAUCCUCCUGUCCAAGGGGCUGCUGGCCACAGAGGCCUGCCGAGCUGAUAGUGGCCCUGGGGACAGCAGCCCCUCCCCCGGCUCUUCCCUGCCCUCUCCUCUGAGUGACCCACGCCGGGAGCCCAUGAAUAUCUACAACCUGAUCGCCAUCAUCCGUGACCAGAUCAAGCACCUGCAGGCGGCAGUGGACCGCACGACCGAGCUGUCCCGCCAGCGCAUUGCCUCGCAGGAGCUGGGCCCCGCCGUGGACAAGGACAAGGAGGCGCUCAUGGAGGAGAUCCUCAAGCUGAAGUCGCUGCUCAGCACCAAGCGGGAGCAGAUCACCACGCUGCGCACCGUGCUCAAGGCCAACAAGCAGACAGCGGAGGUAGCCCUCGCCAACCUGAAGAGCAAGUAUGAGAAUGAGAAGGCCAUGGUGACUGAGACCAUGAUGAAGCUGCGCAACGAGCUCAAGGCCCUCAAGGAGGAUGCGGCCACCUUCUCCUCCCUGCGAGCCAUGUUCGCUACCAGGUGUGAUGAGUACAUCACGCAGCUGGAUGAGAUGCAGCGGCAGCUGGCGGCCGCUGAGGACGAGAAGAAGACACUCAAUUCACUGCUGCGCAUGGCCAUCCAGCAGAAGCUGGCACUCACCCAGCGCCUGGAGCUGCUCGAGCUGGACCAUGAGCAGGCCCGGCGGGGCCGUGCCAAGGCCACCCCCAAGGCCAAGCCAGCCACUCCCAGUCUGUAGAGUAGCUGCUGGGCGGACUCAGCCGCCGGCCUUCCCUCCUGUGCCCACGCGGAGGAGGGAGGGCAGCCUAAAAGUCCACUUAUAAAACGUUUUUGGAUAUACCACUGCAAUUCUUUCCAAAAUAGCAUUCCCUGAGGUUUUUAAUGCGAGGAAAAAAAAAAAGCUUUAAUGUUGAGAGUGGCGCGAGUUGCUGCUUGGAAUGGCCUCUGUAUGGCUGAAGAAACUGCUCCCAGGGCCACGCCAGGCUUGCCCGGAGCCUGCCGGAAACACCCACCACAGGAUCUCCUUAUCACAGAUUUUUUUCCUUUUUUUUAUCUGAUCAACCUGUGCACUUUUAAUAUUUUGAUAUUAUAUUUGCUUCCUAAUUCCUCGCGUGGAGACGGUCUCAGAUGCUGCAGUCUGCGCACGCGUCCUGCAGCCACAGCCGUGUGUCACGCCCACGUGCUGAGCUCAUGUUGGCGGGAAGCUGUGCCACGUGCUGCGUCGCAGGCAGUUCUGGACUGGAAGGAGGCCUCGACCCAGCUGGGAGCGCAGCGAAGUGCGUCCGUGCUGUGGGCCAGCAGCCUGGCAGAGGAUACGGCAUUGUGGUUCAUUUUUUGAAAUUACAGAUUUUAAAUGCCAUGUUCAUUAAGAAAUCCAGGGUAUUCCGAUUCUGGGGUUUUUCAUAUUGUAUUAUUAUUAUUAUUCUUAGGAAUAGUUCAAUGUAACAAGAAGAAAACUUGACCUUUGCUCUGGUUAAAACAAUAAUAGGCACUUGAAAAAAAAAAGAUAAAUUAUUGAAUGAGUAGUAUUACCUACAAAUUCCAGAGUUUUCUGGGUUUUAGGACAUUGUAAAGCAUGACUGAUUAACAGAAUUUUAUACAACUGUACCAGUGAAAUUCCAAAUUGGAAUUGUUUUGUUAUUCUGGUUGUUGUGCCAAAUUGUGGUACACUUAGAAAAUUCUACAGUUGUCGACUUUUAGGGUGUUCUAUUUCAACACCUUUUUGUUAGUACUCAUUGCCAGUAGUGCCUUCAUCAGUGAAGGGAGGUGUCCCAGCGCAGGUAACUCCAAUGAGCAGGGUAGACAAAAGCCAGUGGGCACCAACAGGUGGGAGCAGGUACUCACCUCCCCCUGGACCUGGGCAUCUUCAAUGGAGGGAAAGAAACAGUAAUUGUGCAAAAUUCUGUUAGUCAGUGAUUCUUUACUUACAAAUUCAGGGGCUUAGAAGAUGAAAGGAAACGAAAUCUUGAGUGUGCUUUGGGAACCAAAUGGACUUCCUGAGCUGAGCAAGCUGCUGAGCACCAUGUUUGUGAAGAGCUGUGUCAGGGGCUGGGCACGCGCAGGCGGCACUGGGGAGAGGGGUAGCCAUGGCAUUCUUUGCAGAUGUGAAAAGGAGACAUUGUAUCUUCUCUUGCUUGGUGUAACUAAUCACUGUUCAUUUCAGGAAACAGAACUCACUAAAGCUCCCCAGCAACCCAGGUCUGCUUCUUGCUCCCUCUGCUGGGGAGCUCCUUGGGUGUGGUCAGAUUGGUA